CAAAGAAAUAAAAAAGAAACAGAAAAUACCAAAAAAUAAAAACCAUCCUGUCAAAUUAAAACCAAAAUAAAUUCAGUUGAGGAAAAGACAGCACACCAAUGAGUCGUGCAAUCAAAUCAAAUCCCAUGGUGCGAAAACAGGAGAGAAAAGAAAUCCCAAAGAAGAGGCAUCCAUGUCUCUCUCAGUCCCAGCAGACUGGAACAAAGACAGCACUAUCCCAGAAGCAAACCCCCGUGCCAACAUGGGUUUGGGACAGUGUCGCCGCCAGCACCUUCAAGCAGUCUCAGGGUUUCAGCCGCUGGGGAUCCCAUGGUUGUCUUCCCCAUCUAGAACUUCUACCUUGCGAUGUCUAUCCCGCUUUAAAUCACUUGAUAUCCACUUCUCAUGGCUUCCUCUCUCUUCUUCGUCCCCUCCCCCUCUUCAUACAAAGUAUCUCUGAUCUUCACUCUGCUCUGGGAGUCACACAGUCUGCACUGACAGCUUGUAUAAGUAACUACCCGGUGAUCCGCCACCCGUCUCUCGUGGUGCAUCAACAACUAGUUGAUGGUGAACUAAGAUUAUCAUCGAUAAUCACUAAGCUCUCACUUGUCCUUCUCUUUCGCAUCCACCUUCAACGAUUUCUUUUUUGCAUCCUUGCAAGAACUUCCUUGAUUCUCUUUUUCAUUCAACUUGUGUUUCGUCACCUUCUAUUGUUGUCUUUGACUGUUCAUUCAUCUAUUCGCUCCUCAACCUCCUCCCGCCAGUAUUCAGUUCAUUCAGAACAAGACCGCUUGCUUUAUUUAUUUGGUCUCCAUUCUUCUUUUCUUCUUCUCCUUCUCCUUCUUCCUUCCUUCAACUCUCUCUCUCUCUCAAUUCAUCAAUCUCCUUAGUGUUCAAGACAUUUGAUCAUUUCUGUCAAAUGCGAAUGUGUUCGAGACUUGCUCUCAGAUGCAGAAUCCCUUCCCCCACUGAGUAAACGACUGACUGGUGUCCCUUGCACCUCACUGCGCCUUGCCCGCCUAUUAGGCAUAAUCAACAUCCACUUUCCCCACAACUCAUUCCAUCGGAGCAA